CGGGGCGGAGCAGGGACGGCCAGGAGGAAGCGCAGCUUGGCAGGGCCUCAGGAUGGACCCCUACGCGGACACCCUGCGGCGGCUACGGGAGGCCUUCAGCACAGGGCGGACGAGGCCGGCUGAGUUCAGGGAGGCGCAGCUCAAGGGCCUCCGCCGCUUCCUGCAAGAAAACAAGCAGCUUCUGCAGGAGGUGUUGGCACAGGACCUGCACAAGUCAACCUUCGAGGCAGAGGUGUCUGAGAUCAGAAUCAGCGAGAGCGAGAUUGACUUAGCCCUCAGGAAUCUGAGAGCCUGGAUGAAGGAUGAGAAAGUGCCUAAGAAUCUGGCCACGCAGCUGGACUCGGCCUUCAUCCGGAAGGAGCCCUUCGGCCUGGUGCUCAUCAUCGCCCCCUGGAACUACCCAGUGAACCUGACCCUGGUGCCCCUGGUGGGCGCCCUCGCUGCAGGGAACUGCGUGGUGCUGAAGCCGUCGGAGUUCAGCAGGAGAACAGAGAAGGUCCUGGCUGAGGUCCUGCCCCGAUACCUGGACCAGAGCUGCUUUGCCGUGGUGCUAGGAGGGCCCCAGGAGACCGGACAGCUGCUGGAGCACAAGUUCGACUACAUCUUCUUCACGGGGAGCCCCCGUGUGGGCAGGAUCGUCACGGCUGCCGCCGCCAAGCACCUGACGCCCGUCACGCUGGAGCUGGGGGGCAAGAACCCCUGCUACGUGGACGACGACUGCGACCCCCAGACCGUGGCCAACCGCGUGGCCUUUUUCCGCUACUUCAACAGCGGCCAGACCUGCGUGGCCCCCGACUACGUCCUGUGCAGCCCGGACACGCAGGAGCGGCUGCUGCCCGCCCUGCAGAGCGCCAUCACCCGCUUCUACGGCGACGACCCCCAGAGCUCCCCGAGCCUGGGCCGCAUCAUCAGCGACAAGCACUUCCAGAGGCUCCGGGGCCUGCUGGGCUGCGGCCGCGUGGCCAUCGGCGGCCAGAGCGACGAGAGCGAGCGCUACAUCGCCCCCACGGUGCUGGUGGACGUGCAGGAGACGGAGCCGGUGAUGCAGGAGGAGAUCUUCGGCCCCAUCCUGCCCAUCAUGAACGUGAGGAGCCUGGACGAGGCCAUCGACUUCAUCAACCGUGGGGAGAAGCCCCUGGCCCUGUAUGCCUUCUCCAACAGCAAGCAGGUGGUCAAGCGAGUACUAGCCCAGACCAGCAGCGGGGGCUUCUGCGGGAACGAUGGUUUCAUGCACAUGACCCUCGCCAGCUUGCCUUUCGGAGGAGUGGGUGCCAGUGGGAUGGGCAGCUACCAUGGCAAGUUCUCCUUUGACACCUUCUCCCACCACCGCGCCUGCCUGCUGCGCCACCCCGGGCUAGAGAAGAUCUACUCCAUCCGCUACCCGCCCUACUCGCCCCGCAACUUGAGGAUGCUGCUGGUGGCCAUGGAGGGUCGCAGCUGCAGCUGUACCCUGCUCUGAGCCCGGCUCACACCUGUGAGUCUGCGGCCCCUACCGCCUGCGGCUAGGGCAGAUGUGGCCUGGGGCACACACCCAGGGGGGAAAAGACCACAGCCCAGACCAGGGCACGCCCUGCUCCCUCCUGGGGCUUCUCUCUGUGAGCCCUCAGCCUGCUGCCUUCCAGCUUCCCUCAGCUGACCCAACUAGGACGGACCAAGGCGAGGGAGCCUGGGAGACUAUGCGGUAACCUGCCCCCAGUACCCACACUAGCCACCCGAGUCCUGGGGGAGGCCGGCAGGUGUGGACACUUCUGAGCCACCCCCCUUCACAACCAGCACCUCCAGACAUCUCUGUGGGGAUUACAUUUUGGAGUUUAAUAAUAAAUAAGUCGUUUAUCCCAAGCUCCAGGCAUCCUGUCUCCUCCUUUGGGUGUGUCAGUCUUUCCCCUCUCAGGCCUUCUUGGGAGUUCUGAGCACCUUCCUGUCCCCCCA